CCUCUGCUCCUCUGCUCCUCUGCUCCUCUGCUUCUCUUUUUUGUCUCGUCUUCAUUGCUUGCUGCUCCGACACGCCUCCCAGCACCAGCCAGAGCCAGAAGCGUUCCUCCCGCCCUGAGCUUAUUUCUCCUCACAUCGUAGGCAGGGGAGCCUGGAGCUUCGGCCAUCGUCGGCAAACACCCCGGCACUGCGUCGGCGGGGUAGAAACAAACAAGAAAAGGAAGAAAAACAGCCAACACCAUGGCUGAGCCCGCCACCGAGCGCCGCACGGCCAGCGUCGCCGACGAGAUGGACGAGAACCGCCUGGCCCAGUUCGGCUACAAGCAGGAGCUGAAGCGCGACUGGGGGCUGACGCACAACUUUGGCGUGUCCUUUUCCAUCAUUAGCGUCAUCACCGGCAUCACCACCCUCUUCGAGUAUGGCCUCAACACGGGCGGCCCAGCCGUCAUGUCCAUCGGCUGGAUCGUCGUCUCCUUCUUCACCCUGAUGGUCGCCAUCGCCAUGGCCGAGAUCGUCUCGGCCAUUCCCACCUCGGGCGGCCCCUACUUCUGGGCCGCCAUGCUGGCCCCUCCGCGCUGGUCCCCCUUCGCCGCCUGGAUCACGGGCUGGUUCAACCUGCUGGGCCAGGUCGCCGUCACCACGGGCAUCUCGUUCGGCCUGGCCGGCCUGGCCGCUACCGCCGCCACGGUCCAGAACCCGGAUUACCAGCCCACCCCGGCCAAGACUAUCGGCAUCUACGCCGCAAUCCUGGUCUCGCACGGCGUCGUCAACACCUUUGGCGUCCGCAUCCUCAAACACCUCAACAACGUCUCCAUCUUCCUGCAUUCGGCCGGCGUCACCGCCAUCUGCAUCGCCGUGCUGGCCAAGGCUCCCACCCGCCAGCCCGCCUCUUUUGUGUUUGGACACUUCAACGACGGCACCGGCGCCGACGGAGCCGACGGCUGGAGCAUCCGCGCCAGCACUGCCUACGUCGUUGUGUGCGGCGGCCUACUGUCUCAGUACACACUGACGGGCUUCGACGCGUCGGCCCACUUGAGCGAGGAGACGCGCAAUGCCAGCUGGAGCGCCCCCAUCGGUGUCGUGUCCAGCGUCGGCUUCAGCGCUCUGUUUGGCUUCUUCGUCCUCAUGGCCAUGCUCUUCAGCAUCCAGGACUUUGACCGCACCGUCGCCAGCAUCUACGGCCAGCCCAUCCUGCAGAUCCUGGUCGACGUCUUUGGCGAGAGGGGCGCCCUGGCCGUGUUUUCCCUGAUCAUGAUCUGCGUUUGGCACUGCGGUCUGUUCAGCAUGACCAGCAACAGCCGCAUGAUGUUUGCCUUUGCCCGCGAUGGCGGCAUUCCGCACUUCUUCCACCAGGUUGACGAGCGCUUCAGCUCUCCCAUCCGCGCCGUCUGGCUCGCUGCCGUGCUGUCUUUUAUCCUGGCCCUGCCGUCGCUCGGCAGCUCCGUCGCGUUCGCGGCUGCCACUUCGAUCGCCACCAUCGGGCUAUACAUCAGCUACGGCCUGCCCAUCCUCAUUGGCCUGAUCUGGCACGACUCCUUCGUUGCCAUGAAGGGUCCCUUUGACCUCAAGGGCUGGUCGCGGCCCGUCGCCAUCCUCGCCUCGCUAUGGAUCGCCUGCAUCACCGUCGUUUUCUGCCUGCCCACCGCCAACCCCGUCACGAGCGAGACCAUCAACUACACGGUCGUCGCCGUCGGCAUCAUUGCCCUCGGCGCCACCCUCGCCUGGGUCGUCUGGGCCCGCAACUGGUUCACGGGCCCCGCGCCCGAGGUGGCUGAGGCCAUGCGCCUGGGCGUCGACCCGACUGAGCCUGGUGCGCUGGAGAAGAAGAUGGCAACGGAGCAGUCGGUUGGCGGGAAGAAAUCCAAUGCUGCCGCCGACAACUCUAGCUAAGGGCGGGGCAAUCCCUCCCACUUCGAGUCGCUAUGCGCUAGUGAGGGGUUGAAGUAGCUCGCUAAGCCUAAUAUUUGUGUGAAUAGUUAGAUUCGAGGAUUCUAUUACCCUACGAGGGUGCCUCUGCUCCAGAUAGCGCUGUAUCAAACCCUGUUUCUGCAACCUUGUCCACAAAUUCUGCCAGGUUGGCGCCUUGACCAUGGCAUGGAGAACAAGGCAACCACACGUCUCCCGUAUACGGGAACACCGGCCCGACGAUCCUCAGCAUACGAUGCCCCGCAGACUCGAACCCAGUAGCCGGGAAGGGCGUCGCGCUCGGAUACGACGUUGGAUGCCAAUCCUGCCGCCUUUGCAAGCACACGCUAGCGACAGAUAUCACACCCUUCCUUUCAUCUUCAACCACGAUUGACCCCUGAGAUCGACUGGCCCUGAGAAGACUGCAAAGAAGGGUACGCGCCAAGUGUUCCAAAAACGUGCCUCGCAUACCCACCACAAAAUAUAGCAGUUCCUUGGAGGAAUAUGAAUAGGAAUAGGUAUGACGAUAACAAAAACAAUAAUAGAAAUACGAAUAGAAACAGGAAUAACAAUAGGAAUAGUAACAGGGGAACAAUAAAAAAUAGGAAAGCUCAUGGCAGAAACAAUUCUACUUACCCAAUCU